GACUGAAAAACCGCAAAAGACCGGUAACCUAAAAUAAAGGUAUCAAUUGAAUAGGUACCCAACAGUAAUGGUACCCGAAUAAAACGGCAAAAUACCAGUACCUAAAAUAAAGGUAUCAAUUGAAUAGGUACCCAACAGUAACGGUACCCGAAUAAAACGGCAAAAUACCAGUACCUAAAAUAAAGGUAUCAAUUGAAUAGGUACCCAACAGUAACGGUACCCGAAUAAAACGGCAAAAUAUCAGUACCUAAAAUAAAAGUAUCAAUUGAAUAGGUACCCAACAGUAAUGGUACCCGAAUAAAACGGAAAAAUACCAGUACAUAAAAUAAAGGUAUCAAUUGAAUAGGUAUCCAACAGUAACGGUACCCGAACAAAUAGAAUUUAACAGGUACCUUUUUGAAACGGUACCGUUAAGGCUAACCGUUUGAAGUAGGUACCCGACCGAAAAACAAACCGCACAAUACGGCUGUUCCAUAUCAAAAGCUAGUAAAUGACAAAUUUCUCAAAAUUUGUUUUUAUGUUAUUUGGACUAGCGUUGAAAAUGCCGGAAAAAUCAAAUGUUUUGUUCGAGAAUUUAUUAAAUUUUCGUUUUUGUCCGUUUGUUUCGGAUUUUUAAAGAAAAAAACCAACCGACUGAUAAGCGUAAUGACACAACUGUGACAACUGAACUGAACUGACACUGACACCGAUCCGAUGUCAAAUGUGACCAGUAUUGAGAAAAAUAACCGAUUGAAACCUGUUUCAGUCGCUUUUUUCGUUUUAUUCGGAAAAAUUGAAGCGGUAAAUCUCAUGGUUUUUUCCGUAAAAAUCCGAAAAAAACGAGCCGUUUGGAAAGAAACGCGAUUUUUCCAGAAAUUUUUAACGCUAAUUUGGACCCACCUAGUAAGUCCUCACCCGAUUACAAAGACACCUGCUCAAAAAUGGGCAUAAAUAACGGAGAUUUUGACACCUUCAAACCUAGUAAGUAGCAUGUGUAGUGACGGUUUAACAAAAUCUAGGAAGGUACUGGUAACAACUUGGUGGUAGAGUCUGACCAGCGAGUCGCUGCACAAGCAUUUUUACAGAAUUCUUCAUAUGGCAACAAUUUUAUCUGUCAAAAGUGUCAAACAACUGUCAAAAUGUUGACAGCUUCUGUUACCAAACAAUAUUGAUAUUUGUGUCACAUUUAUGUGAGUUUUUAUUUGCAAACAUAUGUUUGACCAGCGAGUCGCUGCACAAGCGUUUUUAGAGAAUUCUAUAUAUGGCAAUAAUUUUAGCUGUCAAAAGUGUCAAAAAUAUUGUCAAACGAGUUUACACAUAACCUAGAUUCUCAAAUUCUCAUGUUAGUUCAUUCGUUACGGAAGUUUAUAGUUUAUAUCGUAUUAUAAUGGCUAAACCAAUUAGAAGCAGUGUGAGGAGCAUGUUAUUUAAGAUAAUCUGUAACUAUAAUCAAGUUCGACACGACGAAAAUGAGAGAUUACUAGAAAAGAAGCGAAUAUUGGACGAAAUCAUUCAGGCGACCGCGGGCGUAGAUGACGAAAAUGUUAGAGAAACUAUUCAAAAGCUAGCAAGCGAACUGAAGAAUGUUAUUGAUAAUAACGCAUCAGAAUCAAGUUAUUUAGAGAAAGUGUCUACUAUGACAGGUGCAAGCAUUCGUACACUACGCACAAUUAAAAAAGAGGGUUCUAUUAACCAAGGCCAAUGGAAUACGCCAGGGAAAAAACGACCCCGGCCACCAACUGUGUCAAAUUUAGACAAUUUUGAUGUGUCAGCCAUCCGUAAUAAAAUUAAUGAGUUUUAUUGCGUCAAAAAGCAGGUACCUACUCUAAGAGCCUUACAUGCGGAUUUGAAAGAAUCUAUAGGAUUCUCAGGAUGUUGUGAAACACUGAGGAAAAUACUACACGAGAACGGAUUUGAGUUUAAAAAAAAUAAAGAAGAGCGCUCCAUCCUCAUGGAAAAGUUUGAAAUAUCUGGGUGGAGGCAAAGGUUUCUUAGAGCUAUACAUAAAAAACGGGAAGAAGGAAAAAAUAUUGUGUAUCUUGAUGAGACAUAUGUCCAUCAAAAUUACAGACCGAAGAAGUCAUGGCAAGGGCCUUCAACUUCCGGUUUAGUUGAAAAAAUUUCCUCGGGUAAGCGGCAUAUUAUAGUGCAUGCUGGAUCAGAGCAAGGAUUUGUGCCCAAUGCUUUGCUUGUUUUUAGCACAAAAUCCAAAGCAGCUGACUAUCAUGAUGACAUGAACAGUUCUAAUUUUUUAAAGUGGCUACGAGAAAUGUUAAUCCCAAAUUUGACUGAGCCCAGUGUAAUUGUUAUGGACAAUGCCAGUUACCAUGUAACACAAAUAAAUAAGCCUCCAACCAUGCACAGCUUAAAGGCUGAUAUUCAAAAAUGGCUAAGGGAAAAUAAUAUCCCAUAUGAAGAGUGUUUCAAAAAGGAGGAAUUGAUGUGCCUCGUUGAGGAAAAUAAAAUUGGUCCCAUAUAUGCAGCAGAGGAGUUAUUGAAGCAGCAUGGGCAUGAGGUCCUUAAAUUGCCUCCAUACCAUUGCGAUCUAAACGCUAUUGAGUUGAUAUGGAGCCUCACAAAGCGAAAAAUAGCCAGCAGAAAUGUGGGGCUACCGGGUUCAGAUACGGAAAACUUGAUCCGAGAAUGUUUUGCAAUGAUUACCCCGGAAGAUUGGAAAAAAAGUACAGACCAUGUAAUAAAUGUGGAACGAAAAUACAAGUCUAAGGACAACAUUACAGACACUGAACUAGCUCCAUUCAUAAUAGAAGUUCGGGAAAGUGACAAUGACAGUGAUAGUUCUCUGUCAGGAAUUGAAUUUCUUGAAUCCGAUUUCGAUUAUGAUUCUUAAAUAAAUAGGCACCUUCUUUAUAAACUAACAAUAUUAAAAGUAGAUUGAAACUAAA